UUUACUUUUUCUUAGAAAUGUUCCCCAUAAGUUUCAAGGCUAUUCGGAAAAUUGAUCCUUAACUCCGUGUUUAAGGUCUACUCGUAUACCUAGUCUGCGAUAAGAGAUAGGAUAUAAUCAGCUGAUAAUCGUUAUCUACUUUCGCCUUGCUUUGGACAAUGUUAUAUGCCGAGAAAAUCAAUAAGAUAAACGAUAUUAUCAUUACGAGUUGCAAAUUUUUCUAGAUAGGUACACGGAUGAUUAUUUUUAACAUCGACGACGAUAAAAUGAUCCACCUUAACACUCUUUAAAGGUACAAGAGUUCAGAUAAAAGACGCUGACCAUCUGCUAGCAAGCGCAAAGAAUACACAGCGAUGGAAGGAAUAGUGGGGAGAUAAGUAUAAAAUGCGGUGAGCGCAUAGAACUCUGCUGACUGAACAGUUUGUGAACGUGUACCAUUUUGGAUUCCCUGUGUGUACAACUGGACAGCGAAAUACGUCGCGAGCGCGAAUAAAAUAAUGUACAAGAAGUGGUUGAUUAGCAGCACGGUAGUUUUUUUCAUUCUUCUCAUCAUUGUUUUAACUAGUUAUCGUAGGCCUGCGACAGCGGGAUCGGACAAUUUCGAUGUUUUGAUCUUUACUCAACAUUGGCCGCAAACUGUUUGCCUCGCGUGGAAAGAAAAUUCGGCGUCUCAUAAUUGUUGGCUGCCAGCCCAUAAAGACCAGUGGACGAUUCAUGGCGUGUGGCCUUCCCAAUACCAUAAACUAGGUCCACAGUUCUGUGACAAUUCUUCCAAGUUCAAUCCAGCUGCUUUAAAACCAAUCGAAGGUGAACUACAAGAGAAAUGGAUCGACAUACAAGAAGGAAAGGAAUCUUACUCUCUUUGGCAACACGAGUGGAAUAAACAUGGCACCUGCGCGGCAAAAUUGGAAAAAGUGAACACCGAGUUGAAAUAUUUCAAGGAAGGUCUUGCUUUGCUAUCGCAGUACGAUAUGAAAAACGUGUUGGCGAAAUCGAACAUUUUACCUGGAAAUGUGUACGCAAUAGACGAAUUGUUGGAUGCCAUUGAAAAAGGAUUAGGCAAACGAGGUUCAGUGGUGUGCAUAAAAGACAAGAAAACGGGAGAGUCCUAUAUAUUUGAAAUACGAAUCUGUUUUAAUAAACAAUUCGAAUUGAUCAAUUGUGAUGGUAUUUCUGGAUACCCCACGAACUGUAACAAGUCUAAUAACGUGAUAUAUCCGGGUGAAGUACCGAAGAAACGUAACAUAGCACAACAAUAAUUAGAAUUAUAUUGUAAAUUAAAAUUCUGUACAUUUCAAGAUACGAUCGAUGUUAUUUAAUUUAAUGAUAUUGUCGCGAUUAAAGAAGAAUAAAGACUCUAAUAGUAAUUAUAAGG